AUGUCUCAUCAAGUGAUAGAGAGUCCAUGUCAUCGCCCUGUCGUCAUAUCCGUUCUAGUGUGUCGUCCGUCCAUUAUUCCAAAAAACGUUUCGUGGUCCACGGCCAGGUCGUCUUAUGAAUUCUUCGGGUCAGUAUCCCUAGACCGGCUGCCUUCACCGCGGCUUUGGGAGUCCGGUCUACCCCUUGGCCCUGGGUGUGGGUUCUCGCCACCGGGGUUGGUUACCCGAUCUUGGUCAUCCAAGAACCCAGGGGUCCCAGCUCGUUUAGCACCUAGCCGGGGUGCACGUGUGGCUUGCUUCGGUGCGCCACUAGUGUGGCGGCCACGGACGCGAGCUGAGCUUCACACCCUACUACUACUACUACUACUACUACUACUACUACUACUACUACUACUACUACCACUACUACUACUACCUUCUUACCUGGUUACUUAG